UUUUUUCUGGUGAGGGACCUGUCCUCUUGGACGGUUUUGUUCCCCAGAGUUUCUCGUCGGUUCCUUCGGUUACAUUUCUGGAGACGGGUGUAGCUGGUGUGUGUUAGCGUAUGCACGGUACUUCGUAGACAUGGUACAGUAUCAUAGUAUUUUUGCCUUCGUGUUGCGACCGUCGCUGCUUUUGGGUGUGGUGGGAGGCAAAUCUUUGUUGUAGCCUUGUUGAGAAGGAGUCUGCGACUCAUUCUAUGUCCCGAAAUUGGUUAGCUUAGCGGCGUUGUGUGAUUGAGUCAGACGCGCGGCACGAGGCUGGGUCUUGGCACUAGAAUAUAUAAAGGGACGGGCAUCCCUCCACCCUCCCUUUAAAAACCUCUGGUCUCCUCCACGCGUAAACAUCAUAUCCCCGUUUUGUCCACCACCCUGACAAGACCCGAAAUAUCGACUUCUACAACGACCCGAUCAGUGUUCGUUCUGCUUGAAGCGAUCUCUCCACUCUUCUCAAAUUUCACUCCUUUUAUUACUUUUCUACAAAUCGCCGCACGGUCACACCCGAGCGAUUAGUCAGCGUGGUCAGGAAGGCUCUCUGUCGGAUCGCCAUUACUCAUCGAUCUUUCAACGAUAGAAUCCAUCACCGGCUCAUCACCCUUACCCUUUGCCAUUCGUCUCUUGGAAACCAGGACGACUACAUUCUCUACAAGCCCCAUAUCAUCGUUCCUAAAGUAGGGGAGACAUUUGGUUGUUCUUCUCCUCGAUCAACCUCGUUACCUACCCUAAACCGCCCUUUCCAGAUACCCCACUCCACCUCCGCUCUCCUACAUCAACCCGCCCACCCGAAGCUUUUCCGCAAACAUCCACAACCUCAUCAACCCUUCCGUUCAUCACGAAUCCAUAGCUUUCCUCAUCGAUCCUAAUUAUGGCGGCCAUUAUUUCUCACCCUCAGAAUGCCCAGCAAGCCAAGGCUUUCACUAGCCCCGCUUCUUUGUCCUUUCCCGGUGGCGCUGGCGACUUGACUCCUCCAUCCGAUGUUGAGAGCCACAAGGUCCAAGUGGGCGGACAGCAGGCCAACGAUCAACCCGGAGGCGUCGUCACUCCCGCCACUCCGGCUGCGACCCCAGGUGGUGGGCCAACCGUGAGUGGUAUUGUGCCUACAUUGCAGUGAGUACUACCAAAUUGUAACCGGUUUUGACUUAUCAAGCUUAACUGGUAUGCGUAAAGAAACAUCGUCGCAACCGUCAAUCUUGAUUGUCGAUUGGAUUUGAAGACGAUUGCACUGCAUGCUAGGAACGCGGAAUACAAUCCUAAGGUACUAACUUGCUUUCUGCUACUCUGGCUGUCUCCCCGGUCUUUUGUAGCGAUGUGCUUAUGCUGUCAAUUUUAGCGUUUCGCCGCUGUUAUCAUGCGUAUUCGCGAACCUAAAACCACUGCACUCAUUUUCGCGUCUGGCAAGAUGGUCGUUACUGGUGCCAAAUCCGAGGAUGACUCCAAGCUCGCCUCGCGCAAAUACGCUCGCAUCAUCCAGAAACUUGGGUUCAACGCCAAGUUUACCGAUUUCAAGAUCCAGAACAUCGUUGGCUCGUGUGAUAUCAAGUUCCCCAUUCGCCUCGAGGGUCUCGCCUCCCGCCAUCAUCACUUCAGCUCUUAUGAGCCCGAAUUGUUCCCUGGAUUGAUCUACAGAAUGAUUAAGCCUAAGAUCGUUCUGCUCAUCUUUGUGAGCGGGAAGAUUGUCCUGACGGGUGCGAAAGUUCGCGAGGAGAUCUACAUUGCCUUCGAAUCCAUCUAUCCUGUGCUCAAUGGUAUCAUUCCCCUCCUUCCCGUUCUCAUAUGACGUUAGGGAUUUUUUGCUUACGAUUUUCACAGAUUUUAGAAAAGUUUAAAACCUUGGGGCUCAUUACAACGUUAUCGUUUCCAUUGUACUAUUACCUCUUCUCUCUUUUAUGACUGCAUGACGUCUCAUCAAAAGUAAAUUGGGAGGGUUCAUUCCGGUUUCAAAUAGGGAAAGCAGUUCACCGCGACCGAAGUUGUCGGGACUCUUUCGCCGUUGCUAUAUUAUUUUGCAUCGUCCGGGGUGUUUUUUGUUUUGGGUUCCUUUUUCCGUUUCCUCUUUUUCCUUCCAUCACAUGGGUAUGGGUUGUAUUUCUGGAGCAUCGCACUUUUAGAACCCCUUGUUUUGUGAAUCCGCCAGCAUUUCCCCCCCCUGUUCUCACCCCUUUUCCCAUCCAUUUUUCCCUUACUACACUUUUUUCUUCACUAUGUGUUAUCAGGGAUGCGGGGAAGAGCCGGGGGGGGGUGGCUUGAUCUCGAAGGAGAUUGAGCCAAGAUUUCCCCCAAGCAGAGCGUAUGGGUAUAGAGUCCCAAGCAGACGCUGAGGUUCGUAAUAAGCUCCUCUACUUGCGGGUGGGGGGUUAACAUUUGUAUCGCUUCUGGGGAUAAUUUGCUUUCCUCGAUAGCUGUCAUGUCAUGUAUCAAGUUACCACCGUGGUCUGUAGCAUAGAUUACGUUGGGAAUUGACCAUUAUUACUGAGCCUUGAACUCUUGGAUGUUUUUGAAUACCUGUGAAAAUUUAGGUGAGUAACUGCCACUGUUGGAAACUGAAGUGAUUUUCGUGCAAAUCUUGCGGUGGUGUUGGCCGAAUCCUUUGUAGCUCAGAAAUGGAUGGGUGUUAACGAGUACCGUACUCCCUUUUGCCUUGUUGUGAUGGCCUCAAAUGUCUUCUGAGGGGCGUGAGUUGCAACAACCUCCAGGUGUCCUCUUCUCCCAGAAACAACCAUCGAUUCCCCGCGAAACAUCUAUCAGCCCUCUCCCAGUCCACCGUCCGAACCUCCUCAGGAGACUCGGCCCUCUUGCAACCCCUCUCUGGUCGAAGCUAGCCUUCGUAUUUUCAACAGGCUCACCGUUUCAGAGCUUGGCUCUCGGAGCUGCCAGGAACCCACGGCUCAAAAUGGUACACUUAGUCACCCCCCUCUCAACAUUUCCGUGUCAGGGACUGUCGGCAGACGGCUAAUACACAGCACCUUUUAGAAUUCUCUCUUCAACUCUGCUCUUAAGCAGAUACAGUCUAUCAAGAAGGACUUGGGUACAUUCGCAGAGUCUCCUGGAACCUCAUCACCAGCCCUACAAGGUAUGAUGGAAAAAUCAUCCAAGCCCCGCCCAUAGACAUCAAAUAAAGGUACUCACUCACCAAAUUCAGGACAGAUAUCCGCUUCAUUAGCUUCUCUCUCACGAACUAUCGAUGAUUACGACUCCAUGGCAAAGCGAGAGAUCGUUCCCGCAAAGCAAGAAAAGGCGUUUCAACGCGUCAGGAAUUUCAGGAAGGAGAUUUCGGAGCUCAAGCAGCAGUUUGUUAAAUUGAAAGGAGAAAGGGCGGAUGCUGUAUGGGGAUUCCACAUCAAUGUUUCGCACGAGCGCUAACGAUGAGGUUAUUCUAGGAGCAUACCGUCGCUCGUAGUGAACUCCUCGGACGGCGCGGACACUCAUCCGCGACCCCCGAGAACCCCUAUGCGAACACAACACAAACCAGAAACGCCCCUUCCCCGUAUUCUCCGUUCGCACCGGCCGGGGGUGUCACCCAGACUCAUACGAUGUCCCAAGAAGAUAAUAUCUUCCGGGAAAGAGAUUUCAUGUCCCGUACGAACGAUCAGCUCGAUGACUUUCUCGAUCGGGGCAGGGCCGUAUUGGCGGACCUGGGUGAACAGAGACAGAUGUUGAAGCGCACUCAACGAAAGCUUUACAACGUCGCGAAUACAUUGGGAGUGAGCAGGGAUACAAUUAGGAUGAUUGAGCGGAGGGCUAUGCAGGAUAAGUGGAUAUUCUAUGGUGGAAUCAUAGUCUUCUUCCUCUUUUGUUACCUGGUCUUGAGGUGGUUGCGUUAAGGCUGGGUAGUGGGGGAGGUGGGAGACAUGAAUGCGUAUAAUAAUAAUGUAUGGCUGUGGGAGGCGUUUUCCCUCUCUUCUCAAAAUCUACUUCUCUCGUGAGCUGUCAUGCACCGUACGUAGGUCCUCAAGGUACCGUAAUAGUCGUCGACUCCUCCUCCCCCCCGGCGUCAAGGGUGAGGGGGAAAAAAUAACAAUAACACACACACACACGAGUUUGUCGUGACAAAUUUCGAUACACACCACAGGCAAAGUGCUGUAAGUAAGACGCUUGAAUCGUUUGAAGCGAUCAGUAGAUGCUUUCCUUUUCUCCUUCCGCUCAUGGAUGCGCAUCACAGAGUGGUCAUCAUUUCAGCAAGACAGUGUGCCGCGCUGUACAGUAGUAGUAGUAGUAGAGCUCCAGGUGUCAUCAUAGUUUCUCGCUUCUCUGCCAGCCCUUGCGGUUACUACGCUGCCCCUUCAUCCCUCAACCUCCUCUCAUCUUCAUGCCCCGACCAACUUCCUCCUCACUCCACC